AUGGGUAACAGUGUGUUGGAGGUCAACAUCAGCCGGGACUACGUCCAGAACAGCUCGGCGAAGAUCAGGCAGGACUUCGCCUUCACUGCGCCCGUUCUGGCGCUGCUCAUCGCCGUCAUGGUGGUGCUGAUCGGGGUCAUCGUACUGGGCAACGCGCUGGUCAUCUUCGCCUUCAAGAUGGACAGGAGUCUGAGGAGGCAGAGCAACUACUUCUUACUAAACCUGGCCAUCUCUGAUUUUCUCGUUGGGGCUUUUUGUAUUCCAGUGUAUUUGCCCUACAUACUGACAGGCAAAUGGAUGCUGGGUCGAGGUCUCUGUAAACUGUGGCUGGUUAUGGACUACCUCCUCUGCACUGCCUCCGUCUUCAACAUCGUUCUGAUCAGCUACGAUCGCUUUCUUUCCGUCACCAGAGCGGUGUCGUACCGGGCCAGGCAGGGGAUGACGCGCUGUGCCCUCGGGAAGAUGGCAGCUGUGUGGGUUUUAGCCUUCCUCCUCUACGGCCCCGCCAUACUGCUGUGGGAGAAAGUCACUGGGGAGAGCCAUGUGCCGGAAGACGAGUGCUUUGCCGAGUUCUUCUACACCUGGUACUUCUUGCUCUGCGCCUCCACGCUGGAGUUUUUCUUCCCUUUCCUGUCCGUGGCCUUCUUCAACCUCAGCAUCUACCGCAGCAUCCGGGAGAGGAGGCUGCGGCACCAGCAAGAGAUGGGUUCAACGCAGACUACUGUGACGUCUACGAAGCGAGAGAGACUCCGCUUGGCCACCUACAUCUGCCGAAGCUCUUUCAUUCUCAAAAAGAAAAAGGCCAGUGAGGAUGGAGACAAAAGCUCUGAACUCUGCUCCUCUUCCACUGCGGUGGGACACAGCGACAGUCUGUCCGUGCGAAGCAGUCAGUGUACCCGCCUAAUACAGGAUAAGAAAAUUGCCAAAUCCCUGGCUAUAAUCGUCUGUGUGUUCGCCGUGUGCUGGGCACCGUACACACUCUUGAUGAUCAUACGUGCUGCCUGCAGGGGGCAGUGCGUUUCACACCACUGGUAUGAGGUGACCUUCUGGUUGCUUUGGUUGAACUCAGCCAUCAACCCCUUCCUCUACCCUCUCUGCCACAGCAGCUUCCGCAGGGCCUUUGCUAAGAUCCUUUGUCCCAAGCAGAGGUCCACUCAGGCUCCAUCAGAUCAUCAUUUGAACACUCCGAGAUAGUCUGCGACAGGACACACGUUUCAGGCCGAGGACACAAUAGCUACCUUUUCUUAUAAACUAAAGGAUCAACAGCCGGCCUGUACGUUUUGUUACAUUUGAUGUUGACAAGAUUUAAAGCAAGUCUGGUAGAAAAUGAAAUGCUGCCAAAUGCCUAAUGUAGCUAAUCAGCCAAGACACAUUUGUUGUCUGAAGUUUGCUUCUUUAGUUUUGCACUUGAGCUACGAGGCCAGUAUAGCUAACAAUCCGCAAGGUUAGCAGUGUGUGAGUCAACGAUGCAUAGAUCAUGAUUUUUUUUAUGGCCGAAUCCAAAUUCUUUACAGACUUUUUUUAAACCAAAGUUCACACUCUAUAAAAACGAUUCACUAUUUAAAAUAAAUAAGUAGCUACAGCCAGAUGGGAGUCCAAGAGAACACAGUUGGCCUCUCUUAGCCAGCACAGGGGUCUGUUAGCUGACAUAACGGAUUUGGUGCCUUUUUAGCGCUGGUGGUAUCGUGUGCUUGGGAGAAUCCUAACUAGUGGGUGAAAUUGGAUAUGACUAAAUUGUGGAGAAAACUGGGGAAUAAAUGAAUAAAUAAAUAAAGAAGUUUGUUAAAGUUUGAGCUGUUUUACAUUUUACAACAUGACUUUUACAUUCGGUUAACUUAUUAUUCAAUGUUCAAUGCACUCAAAACAGUAUCGCAAACUGGCAUUUUAAUUUCUGAAACGAAAAAUCAUAAAGACGACUCAGACCUUUAAUUCAGUGUUAUCAAACUCCAGGCUUGGAGCCACUGCACUGUAUAGCUUAGUGUUUUUCUCUGCUGUUCACACCUCGUUCAGCUCAUGAAGGGAUUAAUUAGCUGAUAAUAUCAGAAACCAGGGAAACCACAAUCAUGCAGUGCAGGGGUCGCAGGACUGGAGCUGAACUCUGCACUAACUGCACUAGCAAGCUUACAGAAUCACGUCUGUCGAAACACGGCGUAGUUUUCCGACCUCGACAGCCAGUCUUAUAUUUAACGUUUCUGUUCCUCCAUUCAAACGUCAUGUAAAUCUCCAGAAACAGAGAGUAAAGUUACACCGGCUGUUUGCAGCUCCGUUAGCGGGACGACUGAUCAUCUCUCGACUGUGAACAUUAGUUAAAGUUCUCUAAAGGCUUGCAUUGUUCACAUCUCUGUUAAUUAGCUGAUGUCGUUACCUUCCUAUGAUGACAGAGUGUUUUCUCCUCCUUAAUCAGCACCAUGGGAUCCUUGACUCACCCUGACGUGAAGAGCCGGUGGGCUUCUGUGCUUUUAAAUGCUUUGAGGGACACUUCAGAAUAGGGAGAGGGGCUGUGUAGGAGAUAAAUAUAAACGUCAGAAAAAACACUGAUUAGGUUGCUUUUCUACCAGUUUAAGUGGAACCAGGAGUUCUAGGUAAACUGUAUAUAACUUUUUUUAUCUAAGCCAGAAAUUCAGUCCCAAAUAUGGCGGCCACAACAGAGAAAUCACGUGAAUGAACCACUAGGAUAUUUAGUAAAGUUAAAACAGUGGUUGUUGUAUGUCUUGAUGAGAAAAGUUGUUUAUACUUUAGUCUAUAUUCAAGUGUGUUAUAGUGACAGAAACUCCAUAAGCAUUUCUAUUUGGGACUACUUAACAUCUACAUGCAGCUUGAGGCAAGCAUGUAACUACUAAUGCUAAUGAAAUCUAUAUAGACAAAGGUAAUUUAGCAUAGCUAAAAAACUGUAGCAGUCAUCUUCACUGUUAGAAAUAAACGUACUGCUCAGGUACGUGAUUCAUUC